GCUCACUCUCUCCGCCCCUCGCUUCUUUACUCUCUCUUUUUUUUUCUCUCAGGCUGUCUUACUGUUUCCCCUCCUCCUUCCCUCGCCUCUCUCCCCUCACACUCUCCAUCUCCCUCUCCUUCUCCUUUUGAUCACUUCGGUCACUUGCUCCACUCCCUCGCCCGGUCAUUCACUCGCACACUCGACACCACCUCUCCCUGGGCACCACCUCCACCAGCGGAGAUCCUCGCCCGUGUCAGCGUUUUUGCCAGUUGGACGCACGCCCCGCAGUCACCAUUACCACCCCGGAGAGUUCCACGCUGGCAGCGCAGCCGCUUCCCCGGCUGAGCAUCGGGCGCAAGACCCUGGUGGCGGCUGCUGUGGGGGUCAUGCUGGUCCUGGUUCUGGUGGUCCUCAUCCCUGUGCUGGUCAGCUCCGUUGGCACGGGUGGCGCGGAUGACAGCGCCAGCCACUUUGAGAUGCUGGGUACCUGCCGCAUGGUUUGUGACCCCUUCCCCACGACGGGCACGGGUUUGCCAGCAGGAACCGACACGGCAACCGACGGCCCGGAGGUGGACGAUGACGCGGACCUGAGUGACCACAGCAUCGGCCCACCGCUGCCCACCUACAGUGCUCACGGGCAACAAGGCAAACCGGGACGACCAGGUAAGCCUGGACCCCCGGGACCACCCGGAGAGCCCGGGCCCCCAGGACCCAAGGGUCCGCCGGGAGAUGGUGUGGACAUUGUACGUACUGGGAUUCUGGGAUUAGGGGGGAAAGGGUCAGUUAGCACAACCACAUACAACACCAUGCCUCGGGUGGCGUUUUAUGCAGGACUCCGAAACCCUCAAGAAGGUUACGAUAUUCUGCGAUUUGAUGACGUGGUGACAAAUAUCGGGGGUAACUAUGAAGGCUCAACCGGCAAGUUCACCUGUAAGAUUCCCGGCACCUACUUUUUCAUCUACAACGUGCUGAUGAGGGGAGGAGACGGCACCAGCAUGUGGGCUGACCUGAUCAAGAAUGGUCUGGUCAGGGCCAGCUCCAUCGCUCAAGACCAAGACCAGAGUUAUGACUACGCCAGCAACAGUGUCAUCCUUCAUUUGGAUGCGGGCGAUGAGGUUUUCAUAAAAUUGGACGGGGGCAAGGCCCACGGGGGCAACAGCAACAAAUACAGCACCUUCUCGGGGUUCAUCCUCUAUGCUGACUGAAGACUGGACAGGACGGGGGGGGCUCAGAGGUGAAAGGUCACAGGCAGGAGACAUUCACCACAUGACUUUCACUCGGCUCCUGCGGGGAGGUUAAUGUUGCCCCUAGCCACUGAUCCACAGUCAGAUUGUUUUUUACAGAUGUUUGAGGCGAGCACCGAUAGUGGCGUCAAUGGCCGUGGAUCUGUGGUUAUCUGUAACUGUCUACCUCCUCAUCCACAUGUCCCAUUGCGUACCGGGUGCCUAUGCCGCUUUUAUGAUGGAUGCAAGGGAGGAAACGGUGACGGACGUGUAUCAUGCUGAGGUGCGAGUAACAAUUCUGACCGUGAAGAAGCCUCUCAAUCGUUUUUGAGCUGUCAUUUUCAAUUUCAAGUCUGGAAAUCUAACAUUCGUGGCGACUGCGGUGUUUGUAAACGUGCAGAUAAGAUUUGUCUUAAAAUUAUAUUUUUUUCAUGCUGUUUGUGCGAUAAGGUGUUGUGCUUCAACGACAUGAGGAUAUGUAUUCUGUUCCCAAGAAAUUCUAAUUUGUCAAAAAGUGGACGCUUAAAUGAGAUUAUGAUCCACAAACUGUGUUGUGUCUCGGUGUGAUGAUUUGGAAAAUAAUGUCAUAUCAGUCCAUUAUAUUUGGCAUAUUGUUGGUGUAAAUUUGAUAUUGUCACAAUCAAAGUAGUGUAGUUACACCAUAUUGCGUGUCUAUUGCUGUGGAUCGAUAGUUGUACAAUUAAAUCACGUACUGUGCUUGAUUGUAAAAACGUAUUUCUUUAAUUCAUGCAUGCAACCCCUCAAUCUUCUGUAUGUUUCCACAACCGAUGAAGAGAAAUAGUCAUUUUAAACAAAGUUGAAAUAGGUGUGGGAUAAAGGAUCGUAUAUUGCUGUUGCAUUUAAUCUUUUCAUUAAACUUUUUGCUUUUUGACAUUUU